AUGACUGAGGAAGAGUGUUUAUGCGAUCGAACUUACAGAGCUCAUCAAAGGCAGGAAAGCAAACCAGAGAAACACGAAAAUCGCUCGUUACCAAGGCACACAAAUCAAGAUCACAAGGUAUUUUAAAAGCUUUGUUUUAAACGGAACAACUCUAAGACAUGGUUUGAUGCUACUCUGGUUUAAAGAUUUGAUGAAUGUUACGAGACGUUACAAUUCAUAGUCCCAACGUUUCGCCAAUCCUGUCCAGUGCUUCCUCUAAUAACUUCUUGGUUACAUUCAUUAGAUCUUUAAACCAGAGUAGCAUCAAACCAUGUCUGAUUGUCCACCUGGUUGCCAUGUGAACUUUAAUAUAUCGGAGUAACUCUUAUUUUAAUGCCUUUCUUCGCUUCCAGUCAGUAAACUUUCGAUGUGUUUGUUUUUUUAAAACUUUUAAAUUCUAAAAAGGUAUACGAUCGAACAUAAUGCACAUUUUCACGACCCGAGAUGCUAAAUGCUUGUUUCAAAACCGACUACAAAUAUAAUUGAAAUUGUGACUUUUGGAUUAUGCCAACCUGUACCAAGCAUUUGACAUUUGACUUUUGACUGCCAGAAUUAACUCGUCCACCUUAUCAGCUUGACUUAGCCGUCUGUUUUUUCCUUCUCAAGGGUCCAGAAAAUCAGUUAUUGUACAGUCAGCUGGGAAGAGUUGUUAUCAAGAAGCACACGUACUUAACCCCUAUAACACAUGCUACGUAUCCAUGGAACUAUGCCCAACCACCCGGCAGAAAAUCAGCCUUUAAAAUGCCAAAAACUGUUUACCCUAAGAGAUGA